AUGCACUUCCUCAGCGCCCUCGCCUCGCUGCUCGCCCUCGCCACGUCGCACGCCGUCGCCGCCUCGUCGUCGCACCGCGCCCCGCUGCGGACGAUUCUCUAUGCCGAAAACGCAGACAUCCUCACGCCCAACCACCGCGCCUCGGCCGUGUCCACGUUCGACCUCGCCUUCGAUGUCGGCGCCCAGCGCGUCCGCCUCAGCCUGGAGCCCAACCACGACCUCUUCGUCGACGGCGGCCGCAUCACGCACCUCGCGGCCGACGGCAGCGUGGAGCGCCACGAGCCGAUGGACCGGCUGCAGCACAAGGUCUUCAAGGGCACCGCCUGGGCGAAGCGGGGGAGCCGCUGGGACCGCGUCGGCUGGGCGCGAGUCGGGCUGCGGCGGGAUGGGCUGCGGCCGCUGUUCGAGGGCACCUUCACGCUGAACCACGACCACCACCACGUCAAGCUGGCCACCAGCUACCGCGCGACGCGGCUGCCCGAGGACCCGGACGUCGAGCUGCCGCUGGACGGCGAGGAGCGCCUGGUCGUCUUCAGGGACAGCGACAUGGGCAUGGCCCCGCACGGAGACCACGCCGAGCUGCGGAAGCGGGCGGGCGUCCACGGCCAGGCCUGCGCGAGCGACCAGCUGGGCUUCAACAUGCAGGCCGACCUCCCCGCCUACGCCGGCAUGCGCGCCCGCGACAGGACCAGCCGCGCGUCCAUGCCCAUGGACGCCCUGUUCGGGAAGCGGGAGAUCGACAAGCAGCCCGGCGCCGGCGGGGCCGGCGUCAACCUCAUCAGCACCUUGGGAAGCACCGCGGGCUGUCCGACCUCGAGGAAGAUCGCGCUGGUCGGCGUGGCCGCCGACUGCACGUACCUGCAGUCCUUUGGCCGCGACCGCAACCAGACGCAGCAGAACAUCCUCGAGUCCAUCAACGCGGCCUCGGAGCUGUUCGAGAGCACCUUCCAGAUCUCCCUCGGCCUCGCCAACGUCCUCAUCACCGACCCGGACUGCCCAGCCAGCCCGCAGCAGUCGACGCCCUGGAACCAAGCCUGCAGCGACGGCGUCGACGUCCAGGCCCGCCUGAGCCUGUUCUCCACCUGGCGCGGCCAGCAGACCGACAACUACUCCCACUGGACCCUCCUCACCACCUGCAACACCGGCUCCGCCGUCGGCCUCGCCUGGCUGGGACAGGCCUGUGUCCAGGGCUCCGAGCCCAACCCCGGCAGCGACAACGAGCACGUCGCCGGCGCAAACCUCGUCGUCCGCACCGCCACCGAGUGGCAGGUCAUCGCCCACGAGACCGGCCACACGUACGGCGCCGUCCACGACUGCACCUCCAGCGCCUGCGCCGACGCCAACACGGUCAACUCCCAGCAGUGCUGUCCCUUGAGCUCGGCCACCUGUGACGCCGGCGCGCAGUACAUUAUGAAUCCCUCGACCGCCCAGGGCAUCACCAAGUUCUCGCCCUGCUCCAUUGGAAACAUCUGUUCGGCCCUGCAACGCAACUCGGUCAAGUCGGACUGUCUUACCAACAACCGCGGCGUCACCACCAUUGGCAACCCCGUGUGCGGCAACGGCAUAGUCGAGGAAGGCGAGGACUGCGACUGCGGCGGCACCGGCCAGUGCGGAGACAAUGCCUGCUGCGACCCGAGCACGUGCAAGUUCAAGAACAACGCCGUGUGCGACGACGGCAACGAGGACUGCUGCAAGGACUGCCAGUUUGCCAACUCCACCAUCGUCUGCAGAGCGAGCCAAGGCCCCUGCGAUCCCCAGGAGACAUGCAACGGCACAAGCCCGUACUGCCCAGAAGACAGGUGGGAGGACGCCGGCAAGUCGUGCGGCAACGGACUCCAGUGCGCCUCUGGCCAGUGCACGUCGCGAGACCAGCAGUGCAAGACGCUGAUGGGCUCCUACACCCAGGGCAACGAGACGUCCGCCUGCGACUCGCGCAGCUGCACGCUGUCGUGCCGCAGCCCCGAGUUCGGUCCCGGCGUGUGCUACGGCAUGCAGCAGAACCUCCUCGACGGCACCGCCUGCAGCGGCGGACACUGCAAGAACGGCCAAUGCGACGGCAACGUCGGCAACGAAAUCAAAGACUGGAUCGACCGAAACCUCUCCCUCGUCAUCGGCCUCGCCGCCGGCCUAGGCGGUCUGCUCCUCCUCUGCAUCAUCAUGUGCUGCUGGCGAUCCUACCGCCGCCGCCGCAGCCGCGCCAAAUACGCCGCCACCGCCGCCGCCUACGGUCGUCUCAACAACAACGGACACCGUGGCGGCCGUCGACGCGCUCCCCCGCCACCUCCGCCCAUGGGUCCGAAUGGUGGGUAUGCACCGCAGGGUGGUUACGCGCCGCAGGGUGGUUACACGCCGCAGGGUAUGUCGCAGCAGCAACAGCAGCAGCAGCAGCACAACGUCCCGCCGCCGUACGGGUGGCAGGGCAACGGCGGGAUUCCACAGCCGCCGCCGAUGCAGCAUCGGGAUGGCUUGCGGUAUGCAUAG